UUCUUCUUCUAUCUAUCUAUCUAUUCACAUAUGAGCAAACCAGAAUCUGAAUCGAUGGCUUCUCGAUCUUCUUCUUCACCCCAAAAGGUUUGAAAUCACACUAAAUAUUAUGUAUAUGUAUCGUACAAUAUGAAAUCAUUGAUUGAAAAAUUGCAAUCUUAGGAUUUGGUUCCUUCGAAUCGCAUAAACACCUGUUAGAUAUUGCUUCGAAUUGGCGUUGAGUAUGGUUUUCUUCUUCUUCGGUUAGGGUUUUCUCUCUCCUAGGGUUUUUUUCUUCAUUUUAUGUAAAAUCUGAAUCUUAGGGACUGCUGGUUCUGAUAUAUUAAUAUUAGUUUCCUCAAAUAUUCUGCGUUUCUGUAUUUGGUGUUAUUGAAGGAGACAGAUAUAGAAAGAUUGUUUCUGUAUCUAGUUCAGCAGUGAAUGAUGAGAGAGAAGAGGUUAGGAGGAGACGUUAGACUUCGGUCUCCGCCUCGUGUAACUUUGCAAGGUGGACGGGACUAUUCGCUGCCGCGUGGGCGAUCACGAGACCAUAGAACUGGGUCUCCAAUUCGAUCCAGUGUGCAAGGUCGGGACUAUUCGUGGCGAGAGAGGCAUUCACACUUUGUUCCAGGUUUGAAUGAAAGGGAGAAGUCGAGGCGGGUUUUGGGUAGUGAGCAUCCCAGUGGUUCAUCACAGAGAAGAGAUUAUAGUAAGCAUUUGGAUGGAGAUGGAGACGGGGAAUUGCAAAAACUGUCCCAGUUUAACGAAGCUUUGUCACAAAGGGACUCACCGUCCUUGAAGUUCCAGUGGAAAUAUCUUUUAGACGAACACAAAAGAGUGAAUGAUAAUGUAAAUCACAGCUCGAAGAAUUUUCCUGAUUGUGGUGUUGGUAUUAUUAGUAGUACCAGAGUGAAUACUGAAAGGAAUUAUCAGGGCAUUGGAUUUGCAGAUACGGCCCGCUCUGGGAUGAUGGUGGCGAAACCCAUACAUAUGGAAAUCGGAAGGGACAGAACUUUCCCUGGAUACCUUCCUCCAAGUGGCACUUGGAGAAGUUCUGUAGACACUGAUAGUGGUGGCCUUUUAUUGCCAUCACAAAAAUUGAAUAGCACUCUUGACAAGGACGAAGACAUGCGAUUCCAAGCCCACCUGCCUGCUGAUAAACUACCAGCAAGAGAAUUAUUGAAGGAGGAAGAUAUUUCUAAAUUCUACUCAAGGGAAGAGAAGACCCACUGCCACUCAAGGGAUACUUCUCAUUAUGCAAUACCAUCAUCUCAGUCCAAGACGUCGACCACUGUCCCUUUUGGAAGUUCAAUGAAUGAUUACCAUUAUUCCGGUGGCAAUGGUUACCCCAUUCGUUUGGAUGGAUUCAGUAGGAGUUCAGGAUUGCUUAAUGAUCCUAUUUCCCAUGAGGCGUAUACUCAUGAUUCACAUUCCAAUUCCUCCAGAGACCCUACCUUGCACCUAGAAGAUAUGACAAACUACAUGAAGGUUCAGCUUAGUCCGAAGGAGGGCACACAAAGGGGUUAUGCUUAUUCUGAAGUGCAAAGAAGUGAGAAGAGCGAUAUGGGUUCUCUGACUGAUAAACUUUAUGGGAAGAUGGUGAGUAUUGAAGAUGACUAUGGCCAUCGAGAGUCAUUAGGACCUAGAAUUGUGGAACCUAUCAUAGACAGGAUAGUUGUUACAGAAAGUUCUGGUAGAGAGCGACUGAUUGAAGGCAGACUACGGGACUAUCAUCGCUCUUCACAAGAACAGCCAAUUUCCAAUUAUCCUGAUGCAGCUAGAUCAUCAUAUGCAAGUAAGAAAGAGGGAGAAGAUUUGGGUCCUAGGAGUGUGCACCUUGAGUAUGAAAGAGAACUAUAUAGAGGCCAUGAAAACAUUUACUCUAGCGAAGACCAUGGUUAUGGAAUAGAUGAUCAUCUUCAUUCUGAUGAGGAAAGAUUGAAUAUGUCGUUGAUGGAAGAUUAUGAUCUUUGGUUAGACGGGGUUGAUGAUAACCAUCAAGACAGAUUCAUAGUAGAGGAACUAGGCUCUCUUGAGCACCCUAAAAGGAUGCUUAAAAGGAAAUGGGAUGUUGACAAGAAACUAAUUAGGCAGAACCCAGGAAGUAAGUUCUCAAGUAACAGGAAGAUCACCGGAAAAAUUCAUGAUACUAAGUCAAAUAAGCCACUGUUGAGUUCCUCACGAUACAGAAAUGUUGGAAAAACUUUCAAUGGGAUGGUUGGUCAUAGAAAUUGUAACUCUAAUGCAUCUGGUAGUCUGUCAGCAUGUAAUCCAAGGCGUUUAAAAUAUAGUUUUAGAGAUAUAAAGAAGAGACUGGGGCCUGUUCCUCAACAUGUUCAUAUUCCACAGCCUUCAGCAAAAAAAAUCAGGCUGCAGAAGUCCUUGAGAAACAAUCAAGAUGGUUAUCAUGGAAGUAUUCAUGCUGAAGAGGGAGGGCCUUCAGAAGUUAAGCUCACCCCUGCAAAGUCUGAGCCACCUGAAAACUCUAAGGAGUUUAAGCAGCUGGUGCACAGUGCAUUUUUCAAAUUUGUCAAACAACUGAAUGAGAAUCCAGCGCAACGCAGAAGAUUGAAAGAGCAAGGAAAAAUUGGUAGUUUAAAGUGCAGUGUUUGUGGCAGCGAUUCCAAAGUGUUUCUAGAUACAAAAAGCCUGGUGAUGCAUGCCUGCACGGCUCCAAAGGUUGGUUUCAGAGCGCGUCAUUUGGGUUUCCACAAAGCAGUUUGUUCCUUGAUGGGAUGGAAGAGUGCAGAGAUCCUUAACAGUCAGUGGGUUCACCAGGUAUUGCCCAAUGCUGAAACGGUGGCUGUGAAGGAAGACUUCAUUAUCUGGCCUCCAGUUGUGGUCAUUCAUAAUAGUUCGGUAGGAAACAUUAAUCCAGAUGGACGUGUGAUUGUAUCCAUCGAAGAGCUUGAGGCUAUACUAAAAGACAUGGGUUUUGGGGGAAAGACCAAGGUGUGCCGUGGGAAACCUGCAAAUCAGAGCAUUAUGGUGGUGAAGUUCAGUGGCACAUUUUCUGGGUUGCAAGAAGCAGAGAGGCUUCACAAGUUUUUUUCUGGCAAUGAACGUGGAAGAACUGAACUGAAGCAGGUCACUCCUAAAAACAACAGUAAUGCUGAUGAUAAAACGCAGAAAGCGAACAAGGUGGAACGUGUUUUAUAUGGUUACCUAGGAAUUGCGGAGGAUUUAGAUAAACUUGAUUUUGAGACUAAGAAAUGGUGUUCUGUGAGGAGCAAGAAGGAGAUCUAGUGCAUAGCUGAUGCACCUCUAAAAACUGAAUGAAAGAGAGUAAUUGCGUUGAUAGCCUUGAAUAUAAGUAGGGUAUAGAUGGUUUUUGGCAAUGUGCUAGUGAGUCGAAAAUUUGGAUCAGGUUAAAUUUUGUUUUCCACUAGCAAUAAUCUUAUGAAACAGCUCUUUUUGACUUUGAAGCUGUACAAUCAUGUUAUGGUCUUUUAAUCAAUGGUUGGAAUUUCUAAUUUCAUAGUGAUAUUUAAUAGCCACUGAAUGGGGAAUUGGUAUGUU